AUGGAGCCUGACCAGGUAUCAUCUCCUCCUUGUGCCUAUUCUUCUCACUCCUCUUCAUCUAACGUCUCGUCUGUAUUGUGGGAUCUGCCUCCGAGCGAGCCCGAGACACUUUGGCGCCUGCCGCCUCGCUGCCCCUCCACAGUUGCGUGUGGCUCGCGUGGCUGUGCGUCUCAUCCUCGACAGUUCUUCCCUCCGCCUGGUCUUCUUCUUCAUCCAGAUCUCUCCAGCGAUGUAGCCUCAUCGGGCAAUUCCUGGGCAGCCGACUACCGAAAGAAAACUUUUCUCAAUGCGUCCGCCUGCCCGUGGCUUUGUGCCGCCACCUGCGGUUCGCCUUCCUCUCUGUGUGCAUCCUCCGCGCUUCCAUCGGAGUUUCUGACUUCCUCUGCGGGAGAGUCCAGCGGGAGGGCGUGCUCGCUGGCGGACAAGCAGAGAAGGAGAGACGCUGCCGUGAGCGUGAGCGCCGUCGAAGGGUCAGAGGUCUGGGCUCCUUGGCUCGACAAGUCGAUCUUCAGGCCGCUCUCGCGAACGAACCUGCUGCUGACGCUGCAGAGCGCGAGGCGUGGAUCCAUCCUCGCGCCCGCCCCAGACCCGCUGCAGCUCGCCCUCGCUGCCCGGAAGAGAGAAGAAGAACGCGAACUGGAGGACGAGAAGGCAGUCAGGACGGCGGGCGCGUUGAGCGGGCAGUCCAACGCGGCUACAGCCAGAGGGCGGCGCCCUGCGCGAGGUCUCGGCGUCGUCCGGAUGCGGGAGCACAUGGAAGACGAGGAUUGGGAAGCGCCACUUCGCACCGGGGAGCUUAGUGGAUCCGCAUCUCGCAGAGUGGGCGAGCCGGCGCCGAAAGGCGAGGAAGGGAGAGACGUCUGCGCUAACGGGGCGGUGCUCGCAAGUAUGGUGAAGGACGAAGUGUCUGCGAAGUGUGACCGCAGGCGCACGACCCUGCUGGCAGCUGAUGCGGGUGAAGCCGACGCAGCAGGCCUGUGGGCGGACACUGGUGUGGAGGCCGAAAGGGACAAGAGAAGCCGGCUGCGUGUCAAAGCUGAAAGACGCAAGUGCGACGCCGAGAGCUCCGCAGAGGAAGAGAGCCGGAGGGAGGAGUCGCAGGUCUUCUUCGGUCCACAUAAUCUCAUCGAAGCACCAGCGAGUAGCCCGCGAGUCUCUGUGUUCGCAGGCGGUCGACGUGAAGAGCGCCAGGACAUCUGCGUGGAUGACAGCCGAUCGACUCUCACCGCAACUCUCGCCGAAUCAGAUCCUCUCCACGGGGUUGUAGCCGGGGGUCCUACGGGAUGCCUGCCUGGAUUUCUUACGAUCCGCGUCUCUCCUUCUGCUUGCGUGGACUCCUCACCCGCCUUACCGACGCGUCCCUAUAUGGACGGCUUGACAUCUCGCGGGGUUCGAGGCGGGCGAGCAGGCGGAGGCUGGGCGCGGCCGCGAGCCUCCGUCGGAGGCGUUUUCCAGGCGGGACUCGAUCGUUUCUUCCGAGACCAAAUGCUGCGCGAUGAUGCUUUCAGCACCAGCGUACGCGCGCGCGGGCACUAUGGAUGCGUCAAUGCUAUCAGCUUUUCUUCCGACGGGACGAUUCUGGGCAGCGGCGGCGACGAUAAGCGCGUCCUCCUUUGGCGGGUGCGGGAGCCCAAGAGGCUUCCUGUCCAGGAGAUUCAGACGAAGCACCAAGAAAACGUCUUUGGCGUCCAGUUCGAUACCUCAGACCAGUACGUGCUGACGUGUGGCAACGACGGCCUGGUCAUCCGCACGUGCCUGGAGAACCCGAAGGACACAGUGGUCCGCAACGACGUCGAUGCCUUGAGACGAGAGGCAACACUGCCUAGCGAGAACCGCCUCCGGCUUUUGAGAAUCAUGGAUGCGGGGGCCAGCUUCCAGGCCUCCUUUCUCAUGGCAGGCCCUCAGCAAGCGAUCGCCGCGAUGGAAGCUGGAACUGUCGAGACGUUCGAUUUCAGAGAAAGAGACAUGAUGGGGCAGGUUGUCCUCCGAGCUGAAGCGUCGGUUCUCAGCGUAUGCGUCCAUCCCUCUCAGGAAUUCCUUUUUGCGUACUGCUGUUGCCAGAAAGCGGCGCUGGUGUCGUCUGCCGCAAUGUCGGUGCCUGGCCUGCGAGUUCAGGACCUGCGAACGAAGAAAACCGUCUCCGUUCUCAAAGACGUUCGCCACUACGAGCGCGACGCCUCGGACGUCGUUCCUGCCCUCUCAACCUCGACCGGGUGGAGAGGGCCGGCAGGCUCUCACGCGCACGCGCGGGCUCGAGGGGACAGGGGCAGGACCACGAGGCGCGAGGCGAGAAGGCGCCAUUCCUCUUCGUCGGCCUCCCAAGCCUCUUGCCUUGACGCCUCUUCCUCCUCGGCAUCCUCGUCGUCUCCGUCUUCGCCUUCCUCCUUGUCUCCAUCGUCUUCCUCUUCGUCCUCCGAACGGCGCCGCCCGCGAGCACGCCGGCCUUCGCGCCGAGGGCGCACGCGCGCUGCGAGACGCGUUCAGAAGCUGCUGCCUGUAUCCCGCGCAGGUGCGCCCCUCGCGGAUGAGCGAGAUCCUACGCAGUCUACACCUGGAGCCUCAUCGGGCCUUGUGUUUUCCCCGCCGGCUUGUCCCUCGUCUCCGGCCCCUGGUUCCGUGCACUUUGCGUCUCUUUCUCCUCGCUCCCCCUCGCCGCCGUCCGCUCUGUCCCCCAGCUGUUCAGCCUCCUCUCCAGGGUGUCCCCUUUGGGCCAAGAUUGCGACGGGAGGAGAGGGGGCUGCUGCAGGGGGCGAGGCGAAGCCGCGGGACGUUCCCCAGGGUCAGCGAAAGGUCGACGAGGGGACAGAGGACCCGACAAGCGCUGCCCGGCCCGUGAGGCGUGGUCCUGCUGCUGGCGGUCUCCCGCCGCGGCCAGCUUUUCUGCCUGGCCUCCCGUCCGACGGGACUGCGCCGGCAAGCGCCAGAAGGCCGGAAGCAGGCGCCCGGACGACGGACGCGAGGCUGAGGCGAGCGGACCCUUCGCCGCUGUUCUCUCUGAAGGAUACAGAGCGACGGCGGCGGCAGGGAGAGCAGGCAUGCACAACCGACCGGCAAGGGAGUCAAAGGAAGAAACUACGCAGGGGCAUCGCUGUCUCGUCUACCAUACCCUCCGUUCCGGACACGCUUGCGCCGAGCCGGAUGGGGCCGGCUGCCCCCUCCCCUCGGGGUGCCGACUCAGCUGUCGCGUCCUCGAUAUGUUCUUCGUCGUCCUCGUUUUCCGCUCUUUCGGGGGCAAAUGUGCAAACCCCCCAGCUACCAGGGGGUGACGAUGAACCUGGCGCCGCAGACGAACAGCCUUCUUCUGUUGCCUCGGGUGUUUCUCCACUCCUCUGGGAAGAUGACCAGAGCCAGUCACGAAGCCCACCAGGUUCUGCGGCGCCGUCUGUGUCGUCUGCUUUCCUCUCACCUAUGGAGGAGGACGAGGCAUACGCCGAAUGCAUAGACGACGGCGACACCAGCGGCGACGAUUUCGUGUGCACGACGAAAGGCCUCUCGACUAAGAAAGAGCGACCCACAAAUGUCAAGGCCGAGGUGUUCGACGCGGACUCGGAGUUUGGGUCAGUCGAGGGCAGGUUGCAGCAGGCAGCCUCAUCUCGCACGCCAGGAGCCGCUCGCCAGCGCCCAGCGAGUCACGCGGCCCCUUCCGACGGGGGCAUGCACAGACAGACUCAAGCAGCCACUGAAGAGGAGCCGCCGACAGCAUCAGCCCAUUCCCCAGCCUGCCGUGUGGGAGAUGGAGCAGCCGCAAUAGACCACGUAUCGUCCUCGGAGGUCCACACCGCGGAGCAGGACGGCGGCGGCUUCGCGGACGAAGGCUCAGGAAAAUGCAAAGGCAGAGACGAAAUAGACGAACUCCAGCCUGAACAGAUUUUCCUUGACGACGAGAAAGGCACGCGCAAGCGUUCGACGGCGGCUAGACGCCCGAAGCACGCGAAACAAGCAAGACGACGUCUGGCGGCACCUGAGACAGACACAGAUUCAGAGACGGUUGUAGCCCCGAAAAUCCAGACGCCGACAGGCGACGCAGCAGACGACGACCAGCACGGCGACGCACAAACGGGAAGGACUGAAGGCGCGCGUCGUGACCUCCCCGGUACAGAGUAUCUGCACCACGCAGAUUUUGAAGCAGAUGUGCUGUCUAACACGGAAAGAAAUGAACUCACGUCUCGCGAUGCGACGCGAGUGGGCCGGAGCAAGGUUCAUCCGGAGGGGUCGCCGCCCCGCGGAUGGCAACUCACGACAAGUGCGCGCGACGAAGGGAGUGACUCGAACGACACUAACGCGUCGGGUGCCAUACCCGUAGCUUCAGGGCAGCGCAUGGAAGGCCGGAAACGCACGACGGCCCAGGCGCAGACAGCUUCGGCUGCCUCGUCUUCGAUACAGAAGGCCUCUACCGGCGCCGGUUAUAUCUCCGAACCCGACGAGCUCAAAGGCACUGCCCCGCUCCUUGAUCUGGGAUCGGCGGCUGAGCAGAUGAAGAGCGGAAUGUCAGGCGAAGCCACAAGAGACGAUGGUGAAGAGUCAGAGGAGGAAGGGCCGCAGAGAGCCGAAGGAAAGCGACGGCGCGAGGAUGCGAGUCCGAGGCGAGGGGAACUCCCCGGCCAAAGGAGCCGCGCUGCCCACCGUCCCCGUGGAGGACGAGAAACGGCGGAGAAAAGAACAGGAGAAAGCCUUGCAUCUGACGAUAGUGAGGCGGACGAGACAGAGAUGGCGCAGCACGUGUCGAUGCGCGAGCGGAGGCAUGACACAGACAAUGGAUCCUCCGCUGACGAAGCGCAUGCACAGACCGUCGCGGCGAGACGCCUAGAAAUGCGUCAACUGCAACGACUCCUUAGACGGCAGCGGGAAGCCGAGCGAGCAGAAGAGCGGCGGGAGAGAGCCCGGUCGCGCCUUCCUGCAACCCGCCGGAGGCGAGACAGAAAUGGUGACAGAGAGGGGGAUCAGAUUGUGUCGGAAGACAUGGCAGAGCCCGAAGGGGAGUGGACAUCCACCGCGUCGUCAGGGGAGUUGUCAUUCUCGUCUGACGAAGGUGAACGGCGGCAGAGGACACCGGGGCGGGCUCGCUGCCGUCGGUCUUCUUCCUCGUCGUCUGAGUCGCCUGUCCGGCUGCAGUCCUCGCCGCGUGCUCGCCGCUUGCCGGUGAGAUCCAGUGGGGUGCGUGCGGUUGGGGGUCGCGGCGAAGACCAGCUGGAAGACGACGAAGCAAGCGAAGGCCGUGUCUCCCCCUCGCAAGGCGACGACGGUACUGACGGAGCGAGAUCCGGUGCGACACGAAGGUCACGUGCGCUUUCAAGGGAGCAAAGAGGAUCUACAGAGCGGGAGGCUGGAAAUCCAGGCGGGCGUGCAGGUUCCUGCAGGACAAGCCGACCCGAUGCGAGUGUUUCCGCGGGGGAACAGGAAGAGGAGGAAGACUUGGAGCAGAACGAACAGUGUCGGAGUGAAACGGCCGUACUUCUGUCUUCAGGCGGUGAAUCUGCCGGAGGGCGCAGAGAGGCGGAGUCGCGACGAGAGCGGUUGAGACGACGCGUGCUUCGCUUCUUUCAACGGAGAGCGAGGGCAGAAGGUGCAGCACGCGAGACCGGCCGUCCAGGGGUCAAGAAGCGAACAGAAGCUGAAGGCGUGAAACAGGCAGUUAACGACAUCCGUCCUCUGCGAGGGGCUCACCGUGUGCACUUCUCUUGGUCGGGCAAACUUAUGCUCCUCAUUCUAACACGCAAACCCCCGCUCGUCUAUGCAACAGGAGGACAGUUUCCCCUGUUUGAACUGAGGAGUGACGGAUGGUGGAACUUGGUGACCCUCAAGGCAGGUUGCUUUCUCUUCGAUGAUCGUCAUAUCGCGAUUGGAUCUGAAGACAAGCGGGUUCACGUGUGGCGCCUGCCGGACGUCAUAGACUUUGAGGGUCACGCAGUCCACCAUCGCACAACAAUCCUUCAUAGUGUCUACACGCUCUCUGGGCAUCUCUCGAUCGUGAAUUGCUGUGCGAGCACGCCCCCUAUCGGCGUGGGGCGGUCACCCCCCGUCUUGGCAACCUGCGGCAUCGAACGCAUGGUUCGACUAUGGACAGUUGGCGAACACGCCGGACAGCUCGCGGAUGACUGUCUUUUCUACCCUCCCGACGACAAAUACGCUACGCCGGAGAGUUUGGAGGACAUGGACGUGAUCGGUCACUUCAAUCGCCUCGCGGUGCUGCACAGGCGACGCUUCGGGUGGGGCAUGGAUAGUGAAGAAAGUGACGCCGACCAAGACGAAGGAGACAGCGACGCCCUGCAGAUUCGUGAAACCAGUCACGGAGAUGAGGAAGAAGACGGUGGCAGCAACCGAGAAGACGCCAUGCACGUCUACGCACGCGACCUCUCGAUGGCGGUGACGGAACAAACUAGCGGUGACGAUGAAGGAACUUCCUCACCUGAGAAUUCAGAAGACGACAGUAAUGGAGAUGAUCGCGAACACGCGAGCGGGACAGAGCCUUUGUGGCGCACUGCAAGUGGCGCACGGUCGCGUUGCAUGUUGCGUACCAACCGCGGUGAUUCGGAGGAACCCGCAGGCGAGCUAACGGAAGAUGCACGCGAAGACGAAACGGCGAGUGAAGCAGGAAGCCGGUCUCCCGACGCCGACGCAGAGUGCAAUCGAGCCGAAAGCUCGGGCGCCGAACCACCUAGGACCCAACAGGAGUUUUCGCCGCAGGGCAGAGGACCCCUAGAAGGCUGCAACACAGGGGAGCGUGUCAGUGAAACUGCGCGCGCCUACUCUGAACAAUCUUCUAGAGCAGAGGCAAUCACAACCCGAUCUGAUAGACGGCGACGGAGGCUUGCAGAAAGGAUGCAAGCAGCUAUUGAACGUGCAGGACAAGACGCUGCGGAACAGAGCCGAACACGAGCAGAGCAAAGACCGCGACCAUUGCAGCCCCGGCGUGCAGAGGAGCACAGCAGUGAUGGGGAGCCUCCUCGGGUUUUUUUUCGUUAUUCCGUCCCACGAAGAGAUGAAUUUCGUCUCUAG